UUAGCUAAGCGUAGUCACAUAUUUCUAUGAAAUCAAUACACAUUGUACGUUAAUUUUACUGAAAUCAGGUAAACGAAUGAUAAUUUAAUCAAUUAUAAAAUCAUCAGUUGGUGGUGACAAGCAAAAAUUCUGAAGGAUAAUUAUCAGCAUAUUGCGUUCGGUUUCUACUUAUCGAAUACAAUCACUGCAUUGCAAGGACCAUGACCUGCAAUGCGAACCAAAUAAGUUAACCACGACAAGGUGGUGAUUGCCGCUUUCAAAACUAAAGUAUAUGGAAACAAAAUGAAAAUGGAAGACACACCCGAUAUUUCGUCGGCUAUAUAACGCCGUCCGAAGGUGAUUGAAGACAUCAGUUGUUCAACUCUUCAACCAUUCUCAACAUGAAACUAUUUGUCAUCGCCGCUGUUUUGGCUGUUGCUGCCGCUGCUCCUUCCAGCUACAAGCCGGAAUACAAAGCUCCCAGCUACCCAGCGCCACCCAGCGACCCCGCACCGGCCUACCCCGCACCGGCCUACCCCGCACCGGCCUACCCCGCACCGGCCUACAACAAGGAUAACAAAUACGCUGACAUUACAAUCACCAGCCAAUCUGACGAGCGCAACCUCGAUGGCAGCAGCCAAUGGAGGUAA